GUCCAUCGUAACCAUGGAUACUCUGAAGCAUGCACCCUCCCCUCUUCAUCUCCACAACAAUCCUCUACACAAGCGCACGCCAGGAGGGCCACCAGCAGGCAGGCAGACACACUCAAAAAAUUUACCAAUUCCUGAGCGGCGGGUCUCAACAGCCACCGUCGCGGAUGGACACCUCUCACACAUAAUGCCCGUGGCUGGGCGUGUGUGCCAUGGGAAAGAGCUGACAGAGUGGCGCGGCAGUAAGCUGUCGGACACCAGCCGGGGAGGGGGCGGGGCGGCACCGAAGCCCACGAAGUGCCACGGGGCGUCGCAUGUCGUCGACUUGGUCAACGGGGGCCAUUCUGACUCCCACACUCUGAAAAAAGUGCAUCAAGGCACACACAUACACGGAAAGAUCCAUGAGUGUCUGAAUGGCUCCCCGAUCUGCUCUGCUGACCCAGCUUGGGUGAGUCGGAGCUCAGCGAGAUGGCGAGAGUCGCCUGCCCGCAGCAAGAGUCUCUCUGGCUGCCCGCGGCCGACCAUGAGCAUGACCGGUACAGCUGCGGAAACGACCCAUCGAUGCUCUCUCCUCUAUCAGCUGCUGUCGCCGCGGGGCAGGUGUGUGGAUCGCGGCGACUGGAGUCAUCUUGGCGAAUGGCCGUGUAAGCGUCGCUGAUGGCAUUACAAGAGGUCGACAGAGAGGCUGACGAGGCCGCCCUGGAUCUCAGACACGCCACACGCGAGUGACUGCAUUUGGUCCCUGAGGCCAUCCCACCGAUGAACAGCAUAACAUAACAGGGUCCGUGUUCAUCGGUUUUUGCCCGUCUCAUUGAUGGUUGCUCAUUCUGUCCACAGUAUUGUCCAUUUGUCGACACGCCUCGACCAACUGACAAGACCCGAAAGCAGCAACACGGUCACAAACGCGACAUCCUCUGUCGGACUUACCCCAUCCAACCUUAUCUCCGCUGCAGCAUCACUGUCGCUGACGCCCGUGGGGUAACUCCUGACACACACGCGAGUCAUCGAUAGCUUGUGUGGAUGGAUGGGAAACAUUGCUCUUGGGUGGUCGGCGGACCUGAUGAGAGUCUCCCGGUCGCUCGUCAAUGACAAGAGGUGCUGGGCGAUGCUGUCAGUGUAGGUGUAGGUGUGGGCGUCUCGCAGGUAGUCGAGUACCAGCAGUCUGGUCUGCUCAUCGAUGGUCAAACUGAGGUCCUGACAGACAGACAGAGAGGGAAUGAGUAAGGUGGCUGUCUGUGCGGCUGUGUGCACCGCAUGUGCGUAUGUCAGUGAGCCGUCGAUCUCCCUGUCUGUGUGCCGUCCGCCUCACUCCUGCAGUCAACACAUUCACGGCACGAAAGGCCCUUUUCACACAUGCCAUGGCCUCUCUCACAAUGGCAAUGCCCUCACCGUUGCUGGGCAAUGCCAUUUUCAGUCGGCAUCCGCAGAAAACAUCGCGAGGCGAUGAUCGGACCGACUCGGACGAACUAGCCGAAAUCUUUCUGAGUCAACAGCUGAUGCGGAUCUGUGUGCUGCGAGAG